AUGACGUCCGUGGUCCUUCUAGCCGUGCUGUUGCUGUGGCCUGCGCCCCUUCCAGCACAUUCGAGUCUAACUGUGUCGCCCGAUGAAGAGCAAAACUUGCAUCAUUAUGUACAAAUCUUAGAGAACCUGCUACUAAGUGUCCCCACUAGGGAGCCAGACACCGAGGACAAAUCGACGUCUGCAAAAAAUGUUCGUUCUACAGGAUCGAAGGCACCAUGGCAGGCAAGGAAGAGCUCACCCGGGUCUCCACCAGAGCAAAACACUGCCAUCAGUUCUGUGAGCCCAGACAACGUGCCUUUUGCCACAGAAGGGUCACCACCCACCCAGAAGAAGAAGAAGACGGACACCACCACGGCUUUUUGGUCCAUCAAGCCAAACAAUAUUUCUGUCGUCUUACGUACAAAUGAACCUUUUGUCGAAAAGGAACCAGAGCCGGAGCCAGAGCCCCAGCCCCAGCCUCAGCCCCAGCCCCAGCCCCAGCCCCAGCCUGAGCCAACUGCCAGGCAAAGUAGCACACCACUAACCACACUCCUAACCACGCGCUCCUGGACCACGACCCACUUCACCACCACAGCCAGACGCACAGACUUGGAGAUGUCCACAGACUUGGAGGACGUUCCCCAACUCUCGGGUGAGUACGGCCUAGAGAGGCUUGGUGAGGUGGAUCAUCACCCCCAGAUGAUGAGUAAGGAUGACAUUCUGAGGAAGAUCUCAGAUAUUCGCUUCCUGGUGCAGCAUGUGCCCCCGGGGGACAGCAGCAACCCGGAGCACCGGGAGUAUGUCCGGGCUUCCAGGGAGUACCUGAAGCGCAGCCUGGCGCUGGCUGCCGCAGCAGAACGCAGGCUGGAGAAGAUGUAUCGAUCACCAAUCUUCGCAGGAGGACGGGCCGGCAAUGGGGUGGCCGACAUGGACACGGUCAUUAACACGCUAUACGACUCUAGACCUAGGCUGUGGGAAUAUCUGGAUGUGAAGUACCUGCCCCCAGAGAUGAGGUGGAAAGCCACCGCCGUGGUGAACACACUGAAAAGCAUCUUGUGUGCAGGCCAAGCCGACAGCCAAAACCUUAUUAGGAAACUAUUAAGCAAUAAUAUAAAAAUUCUAAACCUACUUAAUGUUCCAAGACGAAACUGA